AUGUCUUCGAAACCGAGUGAGUUGGAUGCUGCAACUCAAGAGAAGGUCGUCGAUUUGUUCGAUAACGAAGCGAUCUGGGACGCUGACGACACGGACAGAUACAUCGUCCAGAUUUUCCACGAACUUGAGGCUGCGGGUGCGAGUAUUGCAACUCUCAAGGAUCUAGGAUGGAAUACAUUGCUACACACAGCGUCGCUCUGGAAUCGCCCCAAGAUCAUGGAGGAGCUCAUUCGACGAGGAGCUCCAUUAAACGAGAAGAACAAGAAUGGUCAUACGCCACUGGAUCUGGCCAUGCAUUGGGGACACUUUGACAUGGGACAACAACUCCGACACUAUGGAGGCAAACAUACCUGCGAGAAAGAACGCGACAUCGCCAUUUCGCAACGAGAUUUAACUCAGCAGCAACUUAAGAACUUCGAGUUAGAGUACGAACACAUGGUCGUGUCCCUCAAACACGCCAAACAGGAGCGUGAGCAGCUUCGAAUCGAACGAGAUCGCCUUGUAGUUCUACGUGCUCAAGUUGUAGAAGACUGUGUGUCACUGACCAAGCAGGUCGAGGCCUGUCGAAGUGUUAUAUCCUGUCUCACUAAAGAGAGUGACGAGUUGCAUAUUCAAGCUGCACACCUUCAAAGUGAACUCAUUUGCGAGCAGACAGCUCGAAACAACGCGGUGCAGAGCUGGAAAAUGGUCGAGACAGUCAUUGUCGACUUGCAGCAGAUGCAGGAAGAGUGUCGAGAGCGUGAAGAAGAGGCCUUGAGACUGCGUAAUGAAGCCAUUCAUGAUCGAGAUGUAGCACGAGAGCGAGCAAAAGAAGCUCAACUGGACCAAGGAAUCGCUAAACAAAACCAGAUGGAGAUGCAGCGAGAACGCGAUCAAGCGAUUGAGCGCGUACUUCAGAACGAAUCGGAAGUUACACAUGAUAAAGAAAAAUGGAGGAAGCUGACGGCAAAAAUUGAGUUAGAACGACGGAAUAUUCAGAUCGAGAUCGACCGACAGACGGAGAUUUUACGAUGUGAGAAUGAAAAACUGGAGAAGACAACGGCAACGCUCAAUGUUGCUAUCACGCGACAAAAAGUAGACAUUGAACGGAGUCAGCUGACGAUUUUAACGCUGGAAAAGCAAGAACAAGUGGAUACACUAAUAAAGGAAAGACGGCAGGAAUACAAAGCUUGGCGAGCCCAGAUGGAGAUUAAGAUGCAGCUAGAAUUAGCUAGCGAUCUCAAGAGGGUACUGGGAGCGAUUAUUACGACGUGGAAAUCUCUUCAAAGCUGUCAACAACACAUGACAACGUUGAGUGUUUCUGCAGCGAAACCCCGUGCGUCUUCACCCUCUCGCACUCCUGCGAUCAUGUCGACUAUCUUUCAGAGCCAACGACCCCAUACAAGUGCAACAGGCAACUCGCAAGGAUUGCUACCGUUUAUUCAGGAAGCUCCUCUAACGGGGUUAAAAGGAUCGAGCUCUACUUCUGCAAUUAUUGGCCAUUGUGCAGAAGCUGAAGCAUCUCUUCAAGAACUGACGAAUGGAAUGGCGUCGGAGCAGGUCGUACAGCUCUGUACAUUCGUUCAAAUCUUCGUAGAAGAUGUGACGGCAUACAUUUCAGCUAAUUUGAAGCGUCUCAGGAGGCGAGCACUAGCUCAAGACAAGAUGAUAGAGCGAAAGGGUGAACUUAUCCAACGAUUCACACAUCAUCGUGAAGAGAAAGCAAAACACCGAAGCCCCGCUCGAUACCGGGAGUGCUCCGUAAGACCACUGCUUUAA